CGCCUGCUAGUGUUGUAUUAAGGGGGAGUGUUGGCGUACUGUGGGAGGUUCCUCGAGAGUCAGUGGACUGCGCCCGCACUAAAGGUCGCCGACUUCAGCAAUUUUUUUUUUCUACUCUUAUUAACCAGUUUCAGAUCGGUACAGAAGUCUAUCAUGAAGAAUAACAGCACCGUGUGUCUCUUUGACGGACAGACGCUGACCCCCUUCCUGCCCACCUUCCUCAUACUAGAAACCGUGGUGGGUGUUAUGGGCAACGGGCUGGCUCUCUGGAUUUUUUGCUUCUGUCUCAAACCUUGGAAAACCAGCACGGUGUUCCUGUUCAACCUGGCGCUGGCCGAUUUUUUGCUGCUCGGCGCCUUGCCUUUCCGAAUAAGCUACUACCUGCGAAGUAAACACUGGGGCUUCGGCGAUGCCUUCUGUAGGGUCAACCUGUUCAUGCUGGCCAUGAACCGCACCGGGAGCAUCUUCUUCCUGACGGCGGUCGCUUUGGAUCGCUAUUUUAAGGUUGUCCACCCUCACAGCCGAGUGAACGCGAUGAGCGUCUGCAACGCUGCGUGGGCUGCGUGCGCGCUGUGGGUCCUGGCCAUCUGUGUGACCGCCCAACUCCUGCAAAACUCGCACCUGUUCUUCUUCGACAACACCGUGCACUGUGACAGCUUCGCGAUCCCAGUGGAGCCCUCGAUGGACAAUACCUCCUGGCACAAUGCCGUUUUCCUGCUCGAGUUCGCGUUGCCCCUGGGGAUCGUUCUCUACUGUUCGUUUUGCGUGGUCUGGCAACUCCGGGUGAGGGAGCUAGACAAGCAGGCGAAAAUCAAGCAGGCUGUUCGAUUUAUUGGGGUCGUGGUGAUCAUGUUCAUCAUCUGCUUUUUGCCCAGUAACGUUACCAGAAUGGCGAUCUGGAUCAAGAAGGCGGUGCGGAAUGACUGCGACGAUUUCAAACAGCUAGACAACGCAUUUUACGUGACCAUCUCCUUCACGUACCUGAACAGCGUAUUGGACCCAGUGGUCUACUACUUCUCAAGCCCGACUUUUAGAAGAAUUUACAAAAAGGUGAUGGGCAGCGUCCGCAGGAAGGAGGAGAAUGUGGAAGGCGACGAGAUGUCCCCGCAAGGAAUACGGGAGACCACCUAUUCCCAGAGUUUGGAUAAGUUAUGAGAAUAUCGAUGUGGGGCACUAUACUGUACGAGACUAUUUCGGACUGUGGUUAAAUGAGACUUUAAAACCCUUUUGGCACAAUGGGGAUUAGAAAAAGAGAGGGACCAAAAAGUUACGGACUGGCACCCUCCUCGUCGGCAGUGUCACGUAAUUUCAGACGCUCCGAAAGUCGGGACAGCACAAGACAAAAAAAAAAAUCAAUCUCAGUUAACGGCGAUCGAGUUCAUGGUGGGCUGCUAAGAAUCGGCGGGGAACUGCGCUGGCUCGCGUUAAUAUACAGCUCAGGCAUUUCUAUGUGCGAGGAGGACAGAAAAAACUUGUCUUUAUGUAGCGUCUUAACUAUGCUGCGCGUUUUUCAAUAACACAAGGAGCACUUUUGUACAUUUCUUUUUCAAAUGUUAUAAAAUAAACGCAUUUUUUGUAGAAAAAGAUACAAGCAGACGGCCGUUUUCUGUAAGUAACUGCACUUAAAGUCUCAGUCAAUGGAAUCCCUUGUCUGUUUACAGAUCUCCUUUAAAUGACAAGAACCAGGUGUGGAAAGUAGAUGGACUUUGUGGGCAUACACUCUUUGGUUCUAUAAUGGGUACUUUACUGGGUUAAAACAUUGCUUGGCAAAGAAACAAUUCAUUUCAGGAAAGGUUCCUUCCAUAUGAAGUUGGCUCUUUAGGAUGCGUAAUGUUUCCUAAUAUGUGGAGGAAACAGAAAUCUUUAAUGUAUAGUGGGCUGACUGGCUGGAUACUAACAGAUUAAGAAAACCUGAACUGAGCCUGUGUGACAGUAU